CUGAUUGUUUUCAGAAUUCUUCACUUUUAUCUUCUUCUUUGUUAAAUUCCUGGCAUGAGUUCUAUAUGCAUGAAACCUAUUAGCAGCACUCAUGUGGUGGCUAUACCUUAUCCUGGUAGAGGCCAUAUCAAUCCUAUGAUGAACCUGUGUAAGUUAAUAGCUUCAAGAAAGCAUGAUCUUGAAAUCACAUUUGUUGUUACCAAAGAGUGGUUAGGCUUCAUUGGAUCCUGCGCCAAGCCUGAUAACUUACACUUUGCUUCAAUACCAAACGUUCUCCCAUCUGAGCUAGUUCGAGGUGCCGAUUUUCCUGGCUUUUAUGAAGCUGUUAUGACAACGAUGGAAGCUCCAUUUGAGGAGCUCCUUGAUAAUCUCAAGCUACCAGUGACUGCCAUUAUAGCUGAUACUGAGCUGCAAUGGGCAAUUCGCGUGGGAAAUAGAAGAAAUUUCCCUGUGGCCUCACUCUGCACAACAUCAGCAACCGUGUUUUCCAUAUUGCAGAGCAUUGACCUCGCACAAAAUUGCCAUUUCUUAGUUGAUUUGUUAGAUAAGAGCAGUGAACUUGUUGAGCACAGCCCUGGAAUUUCACCAGGUCAUUUGGCAGACCUUCAAGUGCUUCUUGAAGGAAAUGCACCGCGAGUCAUCGAGCUUACCUUGGAAUGCAUUUCAUGGGUGCCAAAGGCAAAAUAUCUUCUAUUCACUUCAGUCUAUGAGCUCGAAAGACAUGUCAUGGACGCUCUAAAGUCAAAAUUCAAUAUUCCCAUCUACCCAGUUGGCCCUGCAAUCCCCUACUUUGACCUUCAUGAGAACUCCUCAGAGAGUACCUUUCCAAAUGUCCCUAACUAUAUGCAAUGGCUAGAUUCUCAACCUCCAUGUUCUGUUUUGUAUGUCUCCUUAGGAAGUUUCCUCUCAGUUUCAAACGAGCAAAUGGACGAAAUAGCAGCUGGGCUACAAGAUAGUGGUGUUCCAUACGUGUGGGUAGCUCGUGGAGAAACUUCUCGGCUAAGGGACAGUUGUGAUGGUGUGGGGUUAGUAGUGCCUUGGUGCGAUCAAUUGAAGGUGCUAUGCCAUUCUUCUGUUGGGGGAUUUCUAACACACUGUGGUUGGAAUUCCACUCUCGAAGCUAUCUUUGCAGGCAUUCCAAUGCUGACCUUUCCCAUUAUUUUUGAUCAAGCUCCAAAUAGUAAACAAAUUGUUGAUGACUGGAAGAUUGGAUGGAGGGUGAAGGAACAACAUAGAGAUGAAAGUUUGGUGACGAGAGCUAGAAUUGCAGAGCUUGUCCGAAGUUUUAUGGAUCCAGAGAACAAUGAGGUGAAAAACAUGAGAAGAUCAGCAGGAGAACUCAAAGAGAAAUGUCGGAAAUCAAUUGCCAAAGGCGGAUCAUCUCAAAUGAACCUUGAUGCCUUCAUCAACCACAUCUCACAAGCAACUUUUGCGUCAUAUGCCAUUUAUGUGGUUCAGGAUUUUCUGGAUGAACCAAGAUCGCUGACAAACAUAUUCAUCCUCUGUGAAUCUCAUUUCAUACCAUUUUCUUCCGAACUCAUCAAAUCAUUCGGUCAAGUUUCAAACAUGGAGUCGACAAAUGCGCAACCAACCACGGUGUGCCACGUGGUAGCCUUACCGUUUCCUGGGCGUGGUCACAUCAACCCCAUGAUGAACCUCUGCAAGCUACUAGUGUCGAAAAGGCAGGAUAUUCUCAUAACCUUUGUUGUCACAGAAGAAUGGCUCGGCUGCAUCGGCUCUGACCCCAAGCCUGAUAAUAUACGUUUUGAAGCAAUCCCAAAUGUCAUCACACCUGAGCGGCUUAGAGCUGCCAACUUUCCAGGCUUCUACGAAGCUAUGAUGACAAAAAUGGAAGCUCCCUUUGAGCAGCUUCUGGAUCGACUUGAGUUGCCGGUAACAGUCAUCAUAGGAGAUAUCGAGGUUCGAUGGGGCAGUUGUGUCGGUAAUCGAAGGAAUAUUCCGGUGGCUCUGGUUUGGACGAUGUCGGCUUCUGUGUUUUCCAUGUUUCAUCAUUUUGAUCUUCAUAUAAAACAUAGCCAUGCAAAAGUUAAUCUGACAGAACAAGUGGACAACAUCCCAGGAAUUUCUUCAUACGAUGUAGCAGAACUUCGAACAAUUUUCUAUAGGGACAAUGAAACAGUCUUGGAGCUUGCUCUUGAUUGCAUUUCAGGGGCCAAGGCACAGUAUCUCCUAUUCACUUCAGUGUACGAGUUUGAACCCCAAGUCUUGGACAGCUUAAGUGCAACUUUUAGUUUUCCAGUUUACCCCAUUGGCCCUGCCAUACCAUACUUGGAACUUAAAGAUGGUUCCUGUAAAACUAGUAGCUACCUCCAAUGGUUGGAUUCUCAACAGGUAGCUUCUGUCUUGUACAUCUCAUUGGGAAGUUUCCUUUCAGUUUCAAACACCCAGAUGCAUGAAAUUAUUGCCGGGUUGCAAAUCUGCGAUGUUCGAUACUUGUGGGUGGCCCGAGAAGAGCCUUCGAGGUUGCAAGAUCGUUGUGGUGAUAUGGGGCUAGUGAUUCCUUGGUGUGACCAAUUGAAGGUACUGUGCCAUCCGUCCAUAGGGGGAUUUUGGACACACUGUGGAUGGAAUUCCAUCCUGGAAGCAGCUUUCGCCGGUGUUCCAAUGCUUACGUUUCCUCUGUUUUUGGACCAAGAUACUAACAGCAGGCAAAUCGCGGAAGAUUGGAAAAAUGGGUGGAGGGUGAAGAGUACUGUGAGAGCUGAAAAAUUGGUCACCAGAGAGGAUAUUGCACAGCUUGUGCGGAGGUUUAUGGAUGUUGAAAGCGAUGAGGCAAAGGAAAUUAGAAGAAGAGCUAAAGAACUCCAGGAUAAAUGUCUGGUCGCAAUUUCUGAAGGUGGGUCCUCUGCUGCUAACCUUGAUGCGUUCCUUGAUUCCAUUUAACAAGGAUACGGACCCUGA